AUGUCUCCAAUGAAGCUGUGUGUACCUGGGGAGAAGCUCUGCAGUGCAGAAGACUGCAGUCCUGGUGCAGGCACCUACUUGAGACACGGACAGAUCUUUGCCUCUCUUGCUGGAUAUGUCUUAAAGAAGAGUGAGGGAGAGGAGCUCCCUGUCAUCUCUGUCAUUAAAGAGACAGAAGCACAACUACUGCCAGAUGUUGGUGCAAUAGUCACCUGCAAGGUCACAAGCAUCAACCCGAGGUUUGCAAAAGUGCACAUCCUUUAUGUGGGCUCCACACCACUGAAAGAGCGAUUCCGAGGAACGAUCAGGAAAGAAGAUGUGAGAGCAACAGAAAAAGACAAGGUUGAAAUAUACAAAAGUUUCCGGCCUGGAGAUAUUGUUCUUGCAAAAGUGAUCUCUUUGGGUGAUGUCCAAUCCAACUACCUGCUGACCACAGCAGAGAACGAACUCGGUGUGGUGGUGGCCCACAGUGAAGCAGGGGUGCAAAUGGUCCCUAUCAGCUGGUGUGAGAUGCAGUGUCCUCGAACUCAUGCCAAAGAGUUUCGGAAAGUGGCCCGAGUGCAGCCAGAGUAUCUACAGGCAUAACCUGUUGAUGGGUCAUUUUUAUUCAUAAAGCUAUUCCUGUAGAUUCCCAAUAUUCCCUUUCACUGAGGAAGGCAUGGCUUCUUGUGCGUACAUGCCCUAAUGACUGAGGACUCUGCAAAACAGUACCAAAGGGCUAUUCUGACCACUUCAUGGAACCAAACCCCCAACAGAGGCUACUGCUGCCUUAGCAAAAAGCCAGUUGGGAUUCUGAAGGAGAUGUAUGUAGUUGUAAAAGUGAUUUGUUAGAGGACUGAAAGGUUCACAAGAUCACAAAUUUAAAAUGAACUACCCAUGAUUUUUUUUCUUUCAUACUUAAGUGUUUAUUUCUGUGAUCUUUGUUAUGAUCUAUGUCUUUGUACAUAUUUAGGAGACAGUUGUAC